AUGGCACCGCGCGCACAGAGGCUCGAUGCCCUGGCGGCGUUGAAAGCCGCCCGCAGUGGCGGAGUCCGUGUGCAUCAUUCCACGCGUGAUGAAGAUGCGAUUUACGACGAGGUAUCCGAGCAGGCGUACCAGUCGAUCGUGCGCGGCCGCAUGAUGGACGACGACUUUAUCGAGGACGACGAUGGAAGUGGCUACGUCGACCACGGCCAGGACGAAUGGGAGACGCGCGAGGAGAGCCUCUCGUCUGAAUCGGAGGACGAGGGUGACUACUUUGCGCGCACUGGCCGGCGCAAGCCCAAAAAAGGCAGCCGGCAAGCGCGGCGCGCCAUGGCUGGGCAGACCGACUACCUUGGCAACGCACGCCGGAUACGCGCCGAGGCCGACGUGCGUCGCGAAGUGCAUGCUCCACGCACGGUGAGCAAAGAGGCCGAGGCCGACUUUAUGUCUUCGCUCAUGGGCGGCCUGAACCAAAUUACGACGCCUGCGCGCCCCCACUUGUCCGUUGUGCGCGAAGAGUGCCACGAUUCGCCCUCGGUGUUACUUGCACGGAAGCGCAAGCAGAUGCGUGCACCGCUGCCAGCCUUGCAGGACGCUGGCUCCAGCUCUACCGAGCCAAGCAGCGAUCCGCCCGAGUUUCACAGCGAUGCGAGCGCACAUGUCCAUAUUUCCGGCAGCGAUUCCCCUCUGUGGGGAGCGCAAGACGCGAGCCCUACACUGGAACCCACUGCCAGCAAGCGGCCCAAGCAUGAGGACGAGGAUUUCGGCACGGUCCGCGUCGGCGCAAAGCGCAAUACCAACGUCGUGAGUGCGCGCGGCACAAAGGCGGACCACACGCCCACACCGCCCGUUCUGCACAAACCCAAGGAGGAGACGCCCAAUUUGACGUCGUGGCACGCGGUGCACAGUGGUUUGGCCAACCUUGCAAGCUCGCCCGCGGCACUCGCCACGCCCAAAGACGCGAGUGACCACCUGGCCGUCACGCCGAGCAUCGAGUACAUGCAGCCAGACAAGUCGGUCCACUUUUUCUGGUUUGACCACUACGAAAUCCAAGGCACUGUGCACCUAUUUGGCAAAGUAUACGACCCAAAGACGGAGCGCUACGUGAGCUGCACCGUCAGCGUCGGCGGCAUCGAGCGAUGCGUCUUCCUCCAGCCGCGGCCCAAGAUGCUGUCGAAUGGCCACGAGACCGACGUCGUCCCCGACGAAGACCGAGUCUACGACGAGUUUGACACGCUGCGCUCCAAAUUUGGCAUCCAGUCGUGGCUUGGAAAGUGGGUUACGCGCAAGUACGCGUUUGAACUUGCGGAUGUGGACCCCGAAGGCGAGUACAUGAAGGUCAAGUACGGCUUUGACGAGCCGCCGCUGCCGAUUGAUGUGAGCGGCGCGACCUUUGCGCGCGCGUUUGGCACCAACACAUCGGCCUUUGAGCUAUUUGUCGUGAAGCGCAAGAUCAUGGGCCCGUGCUGGCUGCGCAUCGAGAAUGCGAGUGUGCACAAAGGCGCGGCACACAGCUGGAGUAAGCUCGAGCUCAGCGUAGACGACCCCAAAGACGUUGCACCGUUUGCCGAUGGCGACGCGAGUGCGCCCAAAGAGAUGCCGCCGCUAACCAUUAUGAGUCUUUCCACAAGGUCCGUGGUCAACUACAAGGAAAACAAGCGCGAGAUUGUGGCGCUGAGCACGCGCGUAUGGCGCGAUAUGUCACUCGAAAACCCCACACCCCCUGGCGAGAUUGCCAGCUCCUCAUUUACCGCGGUGCGUCCGCUGGGCCCCUCGUUUCCCACACGCUUUGAAGAGCAGGCAAAAAAGAGCCAUGUGAAGAUUCAGCCGAUGAAGUACGAGCGUUUGAUUUUGAGCAGUUUCCUUGCGCAGGUGCAGCUCAACGAUCCCGACGUGAUCCUCUCCUACGACUUUUCCGGCAGCAACCUCGACAUUUUGCUGCACCGCAUGCGCGACCUGAAGCUGGACCAGUGGAGCAAGCUUGGGCGCCUGCGCCGCAGCAAGUGGCCGAUGCUCAAGCAGGGCAUGAACACGAGCCUGCUGGCCGGGCGCCUUGUGUGCGACCUCUCCAGCGACACGGCCAAAGGCAUGAUUAGCUCCACGACGUGGUCGCUGAGCGAAAUGACACGCACGCAUCUGGGUGUGCAGCGCGAAGAUAUUGAUCCCGACGACAUUGCGUCGUACUUUGACUGCACCGCACUCACGCCCGACCGCUUGUUGGACUUUGUGCGGCACUGCGAAGUAGAUGCCUACUUCCAAAUGGCGAUUGCGACCAAGGUGCAGCUCCUUGCACUUACCAAGCAGCUGACCAACCUUGCCGGAAAUUCGUGGGCGCGGACCUUGAACGGCGGCCGUGCGGAGCGCAACGAAUAUAUUCUUCUUCACGAGUUCCAUCGGAAAAAGUACAUUUGCCCCGACAAGAUCGCCGCGUGGGAGAAAAAGGCGCUGAAAACAAGCAAGGCGAGCAAGAAGGAAAAGUUUAAGGGCGGCCUGGUGUUCGAGCCCAAGCGCGGCCUGUGGGACAAGUACAUUUUGGUCAUGGACUUUAACUCGCUCUACCCCAGCAUUAUCCAAGAGUUCAACAUUGACUUUACCACUGUGGAGCGGAGUGCUUCGGACGAGGCGGAUGCGAUCCCACCCGUUCCCUCGUCGGACGUCUCGCAAGGCGUUCUGCCGCAUCUCAUUGCCACCCUGGUAAACCGGCGUCGCCAGGUGAAGAGCUUGAUGAAAGACAAGAAUGCACCUGCGCUCAAGCAGCUCCAGUGGAACAUCAAGCAGCAGGCGCUCAAGCUCACAGCCAACAGUAUGUACGGAUGCCUUGGCUUUGAAAACUCGCGCUUCUACGCGCGUCCGCUCGCUGCGCUCACCACGUUUAAAGGCCGCGAGAUCCUUACCACCACGCGCGAGCUCGCAGAGAGCAUGGCGCUCGAUGUGAUCUACGGCGACACGGACAGUGUCAUGAUCAAUACCAACUGCGUGGACUACAAUGAGGCCCUGCGCAUCGGCAACGAGUUCAAGCGCGCGGUGAAUGAAAAGUACCGCUUGUUGGAGAUUGACAUUGACGGUGUUUUCCAGCGCAUGCUCCUCCUCCAGAAGAAAAAGUAUGCCGCGCUGCUUGUCGACGCCGCGGGCGAGACGACCACCGAGAUCAAAGGCCUCGACAUGAAGCGCCGCGAGUACUGCCAGCUCUCCAAGGACGUCUCUGGCUACGUCAUCGAGCAGAUUUUGUCGGGCGAGGCGACGGAAGUGGUCGUGGAAAAGAUUCACGAGUACCUGCAGCAGGUCGGGGCGGAUGUGCUCCACGGAAAGAUCCCCCUCGAAGCGUUUGUCAUUUACAAGCGUCUCGGAAAGCGCCCCCAGGACUAUCCCGACGCGCAAAAUCAGCCGCACGUCCAAGUCGCGCUGCGUAUGCUGGCAAAGAACGAGAGUGCGCGCAGCGGUGAUGUGAUUCCGUACGUGUUUUGUCUUGGCGCACAGGACGCCAAAAGAACGCAGGCCGAACACGCAUUUCACCCCGACGAUGUGCGCCGCAACCAGGGAGACAAGGCGUACCAAGUGGACUACAAGCACUACCUUUCCCUGCAAAUCAUGCCGCCCAUCGAGCGCUUGUGCGACAGCAUCCAAGGCACGGACCGAUCUCGCCUAGCGCAGUGCCUCGGGCUCGAUGCUGCAGCGUACGCGACCAGCACCACCCUCGAUACCCACACCUCCAGCCGCGAAUUCACCACAUUGGACAGCCAAGUGCCGAGCGUUGUGCGCUACGCAAAGUGCGCGGCGUUCCUUGUGCAGUGCAAGUGCGGCGCGCAGAAUACAUUUGAGGGCCUCGCACAGCUGCGCCCCGAAACGGACUCCAUGCUCUCGCUCGAGCAUGGCUUUUGUUGCACGCAGUGCACGGCGCCGCUGCGCCUGCCGUGGCUUGCGACGCAGCUCGAGCUUGCGAUACGUACCUACAUUGAGCAGUACUACAGCGGCUGGACAUGCUGCACCGAGUCUACUUGCCGCACACGCACGAACCAAACAGGCGUGUAUAGCGCGCGCUGCCUCGUUUCCAGCUGCCGCGGCCGCGUGGUGCCGCUGUACUCGGACAAGGACCUCUAUACACAGCUGUGCUACUUUGAUUACCUGCUGGAUACGGAGCGCGUUUUGCAAGAAGCGGGCGACGCACCGUACCGCGCCUAUAUCCAGGCCACCGCAGCGGCGCACAAGGAGAGCAUUAGCGUGCUGCAUGGUCUUGUGCAGCAGUACCUCUCGCGCAAUGGACGGCGCUACGUGGGCCUUGGCAAGCUGUUUAGUUUCAUGCGUGUGUAG